AUGUCAAUCGCCAGUAACGAUGCCGGGCAGGAAGUGCUCGUGCGCCCACCGGCCCAUCCCGUUCCAACCCUCCAAGGACCUUUCGAGGAAUCCAUGGUGGAAUCCGUCAGCGAUGCUGCCGACUACGACGUACCCAUCGAUGCGGUCUCGCGUCGCACAAUGCUGUUAGAGGCUCCGACGUACGAGCGCAUAAUAGCGGGGAGAUGGAAGCAAAAACCUGGGGAGAAAUAUCAUCCCUUGUGGAAGUUGAUAGCGCAGAUGACAUUCGGUCUACACCUACUGGCCCGCAAUUUGGCCAAAUCAGAGGAUGAGGUGAUGAAGAUCCUCCAGGCGCAUGUGGACGACAUCGACAGCUUCCUUGAGCGGACUAGCGAAGACUUUGAUCUGGCUCAGAGCGAUAUGCGCGAGCGACUGCGAUGCCUGAAGUUGCCGCUCCAGCAUACCGAAAUUUUUGACCGUAUGCUGGAAGAUCGCAACUUCCGCGCCUCGAUCCUUGAAGGCAACGAGAAGAUCGAGCAUAUCGUAUCGCGAACGAAGAAGGCUUUGAAGGAUUCGAUGAAAGAUGUUCAGAAAGGCUUUGAUGCGGCAAACGUGCUCGACACCUACAUCAAUGGUUUGUCGCGCACCUGGCACAGGGACAGCCCGGAGCAUGAAGCCGUGCAUGUCGCCAUGGUCGGCAAUGUUGAGGGGUGGAAAGGAGCGUUUAUGGACCUUCAUCUUCAAGGCAAUAAAGUCGCCGGAGUUCUGAAGAAGCUGACCGAAAUUGUGAAUGAAAUGGAGAAGCGAGCGGCAGCCGUCAGUCGAAGCCAACUCGUCAAGUCGCAAGCUUCCAUGGCUACCAUCGGGCAAGCAUCUGCAGGAUCGAGAGGCUCUGCACACAAGCCGUUGCCCAUGGCUCCAGACCACCGACGAUCUACUCGACAUUCGUCACGCAGCAGUACAAAUAUCCUUCGUGAUAUUUCCAGUCCAUACUCUGGCCGUGGCUCGAGUCAGGACGAAUCAUCUGGAGAGUCACCACGGUAUGGCUCGCCACAGCCCCCUUCUGGACGACAAACGCCCAAUACAACCCUCUCAAGUGUGCUCCAUGCCGCUCAAGAGUCAGCGAUUGAUUCCAAUCCUUCACAAAGCCUUGAAGAAGCAACGAAGAUGAAGGUCGAUGCCCCUGCCAUCGAACUGCCGGCUGACGUCCCUGAAGACGCUCUUCGACAGGCACCCAUGUCUGUCAAGAACCGCUUAAGCUACACAUUGGGCCUCAAACCCAGGGACAACAUCGAUCACCGCAUUUCCAGCAUCUACUACCCGCGAGCACUAGGUGACCUACUGAAGGUCCAGCAGUCUCCACCUGUAAUGAACACCCCGCAACUAUCAGCUGUCAAGUCGGACUCGCCGCACAGUAGCAGCGACUACUUCUCCGCCCAUAUAAGAGGCUCUUCCAUCACCGUUGUUCCGGUGGAUGGAAGUGGCGGCACCACAUCCAACUUGGCGACACCUGACAGAGACGUCCCUCGCAUCGCCGUUCGCACCCCAUCAAUGCCAGUGGAAGUCCAGCGCGUUGUCAGUGAACAAGUGACUGUAACAUCAAGCCCUGGUCUGAACUUCCAUCCGUCGGUAAUGGACAUGGCGACACCGCCCCCUCCACCGGUUGAGCUGCCGGUGGAGAACGAGCAUCAGGAGCAAAAACCCUUGCUUGACCAUCACAGGCAGCAAUCCCAGUCGUCGGUUGGGCUGCUGUCCAGUUUAGGAGAACCCGGGCCGGAAGUCACCAGUAGUGAGUUUGGUGGCGAGAGUGCGACUGAACCACCGCUUCCUAGCUCCCAUUUAUCAGCGGCAGGAGCUGGUAAGGCUCCGCGCGUUAUGUCGGGCAUGGAUCUUCCAGAGACAGUGAUGGACUCGCUUGCUGCCACGAGCAGCAGUCCUCCCAGCCCAAGACCAGAAGCAAUAGCACUCCCAGUUUCGCCGCCGCCACUUGGUAGCACUCCAGGCACACCGGGGGUCGAUCAGCCCAUGUCUGCCGUUAUUGAACAGGGUCAGGACAACAGCACACCGCGAGUGCAAACGCCAGUGGCGGACGCACAACCGAGCUUCUCUCAGCAGAAUAACGGGGACGAAGCCGAGCAUCAGCAACAUCAAGAUCCGACACCUACGAGCCGUGCCUUCAUUGCUGAGCUCGAGGCGCAUGUACCCUAUGACUCACGCACGUCCACUCCGAAGCAGAGUGCCACUUUCCCUGACAGUCCCAUAGAGAUGGAAGCGCCGGCUGCGCAAUUCAUUCUUCCUUCACGCGCGUCUGCGAAAGAAAUCAAAAUCAAUGCGCCUCCAACGGUCAAGCAGAGGAAAAAAGCCUUCCCACAUUCCGCACAAGACGUCGUAAGCAAGGGUAUGAAGCCCAAGGACUUCAAUCGAAACUCAAUAGUGCCAGAGCCGAUCCGACCGCUGAAGCUAAAGCUUGAGAGGAAGGGAGGAAAGAUGGUCCCUGUUCAGGUUCCCAGCCCCAACAGCGAGUCAGUGGACCACCCAAAGACACGCAGCCCCCGUCUCAGCACCGACGUAAUCAGCAGUAUCCUUGACACCAUGUCAGACACUCCUGCAACGUCACCGAGUACGGAACCCUCGCAGUCAGACGUCUCUUCGCCUGCGAUCGCCAGAGACCAACAACGCUCGUCGACGCAAUUCGGCCCUCCCGGGAGUGCACCUGCGCCUCCCGGUCCCGGCGGCCGCUCCAUGGUAAACCCCGACUACGCCAGCGCCGGUGCGUUUGAGGGAGAGCGCAAGCAAGGCUCGAAGCCGACCAAAAGGCACAGCGCAGGCGGCAGAACCGCAAGUAUCAAUGGCAUCAAGGAACUGAUAUCCGGAGCCAGCAGCAGACGGCACUCGACCGAGUCUGUCAAGACGAGAGGCCCGUCAAUUUCGUCGCAACGGGUCGGUAGUGAUAUGAUCGACUCCACCGGCAAGGAUGUGCUGUGGUUCAAGAAUCAGAGCAAGGCGAACAAGGCCGGAGCGCCUCAAGCUGUGGGCGUCACAUCGGUUUGA